AUGAACACUGUUCGGAUGGGGCUCCUCUGUGUUGCCGGCGCCGGAGCCUACUACUUCGCGAAAAAGUCUAUCAACGCCGAUCGACAAAAUGGUCAUCGCGAAGCUCCCCGAACCGACGCCGUUGGCUCUCCCUCCCAAGAAUCUAGCCAGGAUCCCGCUCCCACCCGCCACGCACCUGAGAACGAGCAUCAACGAGUCUACGAGAAGAGCAAAUAUGAGAGCGACAAACCGUUUGUCAGUCGAAAGGGCGAUCGAUUUGCGUAG